AUGACCAAGCUUUUCACAGAUCUGGCAGGCCUUGGAGUAGUAUUAGUAUUAAAUUCCAUAGCAAAGGUAGGAUCUUUGACUUCUAUACCUUCAUUCAAGGACUAUUCUUUAGCAUUCAACAUAGCUGGAAGUUCAUCAAAGCUCAAAUAUGUGCUUUUGGUCCUGAUUGCAGACCUUAAAGCAUUAUUCAUUAAAUGUGAUCUUGAAAUUGAGGAAAAGCUAUUCUCUAAGACUCUCCACACAUCCAUUGCUGAGGUACAGCCAAUUCUUAGAGCAAGAACAGAGGGAGAUAGUGUAGAGCUCAUGAAAUCUCCAUCUGAACCACCCAGUUCUAAAAGUUCAAAUCCAUUGCCAGCUACAUUUUCUUCUAGACCAUCCACAUCUUCCUCAAACCUAUCACAAUCUUUGUCUAAACCACCUCCCUCGUCCUCUAGUCCAUCUCCAUCAUCCCUUAAACCUCCACUUGCUUCUUCUAUAUCAUAUGCAUCUUUCCUUAAGACCACUGAACCCCCUCCAACUUCUUCUUCAGCUUCUUCUCCAACUUCCAAAAAACCACCUCAAUCUUCACCUUCAGUGGCCCCAAAUUCAUCUGCCUCGGGGCCUUGUCAGACUUCCACUAAUCAGCCUCCAGCUUUUAAGCCAAUUCUGCGUACAGCUGCCAAUAAUGUAACAGAUGAAGAAGGGAAGAUGAGUUAUAUGUGUGAAAAGGGUACACCCAUACAUGCUAUUCCUGAGGAUAUCAAAGGUCAGAUCAAGAGAGACAUUGUGCCUCAAGUUCUGAAACAGCCUUUAUCUUCUUUAACGUAUGUGAAGAAAGUUGUACCGUAGACAUGUUAAUAAAACAAUAACUUGUGG